AUUGCUCUGUGGGAAAAAGUCGGCGUGCGUUUCUCGAAACUUAUUUCUUCUCUCAGUUUUGUUAAAAUAAUGAAAUAUGUGAUCGACAAAUCACUUUGUGUAAAAUAAUUUAUAUCCUUUAUGUGUAAAUCAGCUAAAAUGGUUUCUGGCAGUACGAGGGUGAUACAAGUCACCAACAUAGCACCGCAAGCUACCAAGGAUCAGAUGCAAACGCUUUUCGGUUAUUUAGGUAAAAUUGAUGAUAUAAGACUUUAUCCAACCAUUAGAGAUGUAUCCUGUCCAGUACAGUCACGCAUCUGUUAUGUCAAAUAUUACGAUUCGACAACCGUCAACGUUGCUCAACACAUGACUAACACGGUUUUCAUUGAUCGAGCGUUGAUCGUUAUUCCUAUGCAGUCAGGUGAGAUUCCUGACGAACAUAAGGCUCUGGAAAUGUCUAGUAAUGGUACAUUAGUGCCAGGUUUGAGUACAGUUGAGCCUCGUCUACCUGCACAUGUUAUCAAUGCCCUAGAAGGCCUUCCUCCUAAUCAAGUGAUACAGACUUUUGAUCCAAAAAUGGCUGCGGUGGGAUUACCUACCUAUCCCCCUCUGCCAGCUGCAUAUGAUUCCCGUCAGAUUGAGGAAAUUAGAAGAACAGUAUUGGUGGCUGAUUUUGGUUCCCUAUCAUAUCAACAGCUAAUUGAUCAUUUCUGCCAAGCAGGCGAAGUUAAAUACUUACGAUUCUGUGAUAGAGAUGCAGAUAAGCAAAAAUAUGCAUUGAUUGAAAUGACAGAACAAGAAAGUGUCCUUAAAGCUUUGCAAUUGAAUGGUUCAACGGUGGAUGGACAAAUGAUUAAGGUGCAUCAUGCUACACAAGCUAUAUCAAAACCCCAGACAAAAAGUAAUGAAGCAGCCCAAAGAGAGAUAGAGGAAGCCAUGUGUAGAGUUAAGGAAGCCCAGAAUUUAAUAUCGGCGGCUAUUGAUCCUGUCAUUGGCCUACUCUCUAAAGAUAAAAGGAGGACUCGUUCAAGAUCGCGUUCCCGCCGCAGGUCGCGAUCGCGUUCCCGUCGCUCCCGCUCUAGACACCGCGGGAAACGCUCACGGUCACGCUCCCGGCACCGCUCACGACGUUCACGUUCACGUCACAGGCACCGUUCAAGAUCCCGAUCACGUCAUCGCAGUUCCAGACGAUCGAGGUCUAAAUCCCGCCACCGUAGCUCUCGUUCUAAAAGAGACCGCUCUCGCGAUAAGAAAGAUAAAAAAGAUUCCUCUGAAAAAGAUAAAAAGAGUGAGAAAGACAAAUCUAAAACUCCACCAAAAGAAGUGGAAAAGGAAGAGAAAGAGGUGAAGAAUGACACUAUAGAAACCAAUGGCAAUAGUGGUUCUGAAACUAAAUCUAAAGCGUCCACCCCAGUCGAAGAUAAGGAUAAAGAUGUCGAAAAGGAAAAAUCACCAACGAAGAAGAAGGAUAGAUCACGUUCCAAAGACAGAAAACGGGAUAGAUCAAGGUCGAGGCGCAGGUCGCGCUCGCGAUCUCGAAGGAAACGUUCAAGGUCUCGUAAAAGAUCCCGCUCUCGUGAUCGAAAGAAGUCUCGCUCUCGUGAAAGAAAAAGAUCUAAGUCACGCGACAGAAAGCGAUCUCGAUCACGCGAUAGGAAGAGAUCAAGGUCCCGAGACAGAAAGCGCUCCCGCUCUCGUGAUAGGAAAAAGUCUCGGUCUAGGGAUAGAAAACGAUCUCGAUCAGGAAGUCGUCGUUCUAAAAGUCGAUCUCACAGAGAUUCCAAAACACCUCACGACAGAAGAACUCGAGAGAGAACCCCAGCCCGCUCUGCCAUAGAAGAUAAAGAUACCAUAAAUAAAGCUUCAGAAAUGGUUGAAGACAAAAAUUCUCCAGACAAUAUGGAUAUUUCCAAUUCACCGUAAAUAAUAAAACAAAGCAUGUUGCUAACUUUAAUUUUGUGUAAUAAUUAUCAAAAUGUUCUUCAUUUGAAUGUUAACGUUUAAGUGAAAUAAAAUAAAUUGAGUAAAGCCACGUCAUUAG